AUGAUCAGGCACGCCUUGUGGAAGGCAUCGCUGAUCAAGUUGGAUGUCGCCAAAUUCGGCGGGGCGGAGUCCGACAAACUCCUCCACUGGGGUUUACAAGUCAGCACUGCUGCUGACACCCAGCGCAUCUCCGACAAAGCCACCUGCGUGGCUUUCGCGAUGUCGCACUUGAAAGGCCGUGCGGAAAGUUGGGCGUUCUCCGAACGCUUGACAGACCCCCAUUGCUUUCCGUCCUUCGCGAUCUUCAACACCGAACUGGAACCAAUGUUCCUGCCAACCCACAGCGACUUUCCGAAUGUUAACGACGAGGAAUCGCUCCCCGAGUCGCUGCGUGUGACCGUCUUCAUGGACGAUAUCAACCAAGGUCCGGCGCCCACCCAGCCACAAACCUUCGAAGAAGCCGUUCGAAUCGCGCUUUCGGAGUCGUUUUCCUCGAUUCGGACUAUCGCACGUGUUUCAAUUGCGGUCGCCCUGGACACUUUUCUCGUGCUUGCCCGGCACCUCGCCGUGUGGCGUCAACCGCGCCUCCGUCACACGGUUUCUCCCGUGUCCCACCUGAUAACUUCUCGCGUCGUCCUCCGAGCGGUCCACUUAACCGCUUCAGUUGCGAAUGCCAUGGCACCUCGCGCCGGCCUUUCCGCUCCGUUCCGGGCUCGAGUGCGGCGGGAAAAGGUCGCUCUCAGUAGGCGCGAGGCGACCUACACACCCCAGAUCCUCUGGCGGUGUGUGGCGCGUUGA